AUGUCUUCCAGAUACACCUUCAACAAGAGCUUGAAGGAGCUGCGGUUUCUCUUCUGCAACUCCUCUCCCCAUAGCGAUGCGACGAGGGCUUUCCUAAAGCGAGCAUACCCAACGAUGAAGAAGAACAACCCAUUCAUACCUAUCAUGAUGCGGGAGGCAUUGGAUACCGAACCAAGAGUGUUUGCGAGAUAUGAAAUGGGAAGGGAGAAACAAGAGCCUCUCAUAGGCUUAACGGAUAAGGAAAUUGAGGAGAAGGUUACAGCUUUGGUGAAGGGCUCAAUAUAG